CGGGAGUUGAUGGAUCAGUGUGUGAAGAUCCUGUUGCUUGCAGCUCGAUAAUUUAAUGAUCCCCUGUAUGGUGACUGCAGCUUCCUUUGACAACAACAUUCUUGAGAAAUUCAGUGUAUCAAAUCAGGCAACCAAACUCCAUUUCGUGGAAACCGUAAAUAUUGAAGAUACAAUAUUUGGGAGGAUUUAAAGAUUACUAGUAAUUAAUCACCAAACUAAUUACAAGACUAAUAUUAAUCGCAAAUUUAAUUAAUAACUUCUUUUAACGAAGUGGCAAAAUGCAUUUUGCAUUAUAUAAAUUAAGGACUUGUUUAUUUUGCUAAUAUGUUUUAUGCAGGUUCCCAGAUACAUUAAUAAAGAAGUUGAGUAAAGAAUGCCUUGUGCUACAAAGUCAUAAAGCAAGUCCUUGAAAAUGUGUUUGCACAUCUUUAGCCCAGAAUUUUGUUUUGAUAAUUCUAGUGCUCCGUAUGGUUUAUCACCAGAAAAAAUUCAAGCAAAUGGUGAUCUGUCUAGCUUUUUCGUUAUGUUGACUACCAGCACAGACACACGCAACAAGGUCUAUGUCUCUACUCUUAAAGCAGAGAACUAUCCCAUAACUGCUUUACAGUGGCACCCAGAGAAAAGUGCUUUUGAAUGGGGUUCAUCAGCAAUUCCACAUUCUGAGGAUGCAGUUCAAGUGACUCAAUUUGUAGCCAACUAUUUUGUCAGUGAAGCAAGAAAGUCUUGUAAUAAACCGGAAGCUCAAAAAGUACUAGACAAUCUCAUCUACAAUUACAAUCCCACUUAUAGUGGAAAGGCAGGGAAGGGUUACGAUGAGGUUUACGUUUUCAACGGUCCUGCUGUGAACUCUCUUUAGUUGUUGUCGUAGAACGAUCUUAUGUUCUUUCAGUUGUGUAAGUCUUCCACCACUCUCUUA